AUGUCGAAACGCAACGUGCCCAUCUCGUCGUUGCUCGGGUCCAACUCAGACGACGCUCCCCAAGUGGUGCGCUCGGCAACCUCCUCACCCAAACAACCGGUGCCUAACGAGUCGUCUUUACUGAAUUUCGUCUCCAAGUUCAGAACCAGUGUCGAAAUGUCACCAACCCCCGGUCAGGGACCUACAGACCCACAAAAGCCAUACGUGGUCCUUGAUGAUGACGAUAUACAAGUGGUAGGGAAAGGAACAGCCAAGAAACAGGCUAGCCGCAAACCAAUUGCCAUCAGACCUUCGCCGUUGCCAGUAUUGAUCCCUAAACCACAGACAACGGCUACAGCAUCACCUGCUCCUCCAGCUUCUAGAGACUCGUCUCACCCACCUGUGAUUGCUAGCGAUACCAUCAAAAAGUUUCAGACCAGUUUCCAAUUGCCUGCACAGCCAUUCAACAAAUCAUCUAUCAAUUCCAUCAUUAACAUCGACGACGAGCCGGAAGUGGUACAUGUCAAUGAUACCCCGAACUCCACACCUGCUCCAGUCCCUGUUUUGACCAUUCCGUCAACCAACCCUUCCCUCACAACAACAACCACAACUACAGCAGCCCCACCAAAGAAGAAGCGAGCAGCACCCAAAAAGAAGACAGAUGAGGCUUCUAAAAAGAGAAAGACAGACGACGCUACGAAUAAUGAUGAAAAGAAAACAACUAAGACAAAGAGUACUGAUGGUAAAACUGCAGAACCCAAAAAGGCUACCAAGGGAAAGAAAAAGACUCCUGAAACCACAACUGUGACCAAGAGUGAAUACGAGAAAUUACCUAUACAUCCAGGAAUGACGACUGACAAAUCAAAAACCACCAUCCAACCCCCACAAUUGCCUCGUCCUACAGUGAUAGAUCUUUUGAAUCCAAUGAAGGAAGAUGAACCUACUGUUGUCGAAGAAAAACCAAAAGAGGAGCCGAAGGAAAAGAAAGAGGAAAAAGUGGAUCCUCCAAUAAUAGCAUUGAAUAUCCCCUUGAUAGACUCCAAGAAUCCCAAGCCUGGUCAAUCGGAAUUGGUUAUAAAUGUACUUCGAUUAUCUGAAGAAAAAUACGGGUGGUCAGUAAUUCAUCCAAAAGCCAAAUCUGCUAUCGAUAUCAUGGACGACAUGAUCGAUGAUGAAGAUGAUGCAAUGGAUGAAGAUGAAGACGAGGAAUUGAUAGCGGAUGAAGAAAAAGUCCAGACUGCUAUCCCUACCAAAAAGAAGAAAGACGAGGAAUUAACGGAGGAACAGCUUGUGAGGCAGCAUGAGGUUAAAAUGAAUAGAAAAGUCGGGAAGUAUGAUUAUGAAGAUCCAUUUAUAGAUGAUGAGGAAUUGCAGAUGGAAGAAGAAAUCACUUCUACCAAGGAAGGUUUCUUCGUUUAUUGGGGUCCGUUAGUGGAUGACCGGAACAUGACCGGCUCUGGCUCUAAAAAGACAUCGAAAGCAAAGAAAUAG